AUGGCGACAACCACGCACGCCCCCUCCCUCCGCGUUUCCCGCUUUAGCGCCACUCUCCACCACAGCACGGCUGCCUCUUCCCGCCUCUCGAGCCGCCUCCGCCGCUGUCCGGUCUCUCCUCUUUCGCGUGCCCCCCUCUCCGCGACUGUUCCGCGCGCCUCCCAACUCCGCGCCCGGCUUCUCCGCGGGCCUGUCCGCGCAAGCGGGGGGAGCAGCGGGAGAACCGCAAAAGACCCAUCAGACGAUGAUGACGUGGCUGCAGCGUUUUCGUCGAGGACAAACGCAUCCAGUUUAGGGCCGAGCGGGGAGGAGCAAGGGGUGGGAAGCGGAGAGAUAGAUUCGCGGGGAGAGAGAGACCCGUGGGGACGGGGAGAACCUUUGGGAGAGAGAGAACCUUUGGGAGAGACAUACCGGCGGGGGGGUAGAGAGCAACAGCGUGGAAAUGCGGGGGAAUGGGUUUCGUCAUCGGGGGAAUGGCGGUUGUCGACUGGCGGUACUAGCAGCAGUCAAGGACUAGAUUAUGAUAUCGACCCGCUAAGUAGCAAAUCCGGUUUCCGUUAUAAUUACCACACAGGCGACGAAGACCCAGAAGGUAGUAUCGACGCCGCAAAAUCUUACCCACCGUCGCCCCGUUCCGCCAUUCCCCCGCUCCCUUUACCCCGCAUUCCGCCCACUACCCGGUCGCCUCCCCCCCAACCCCACCAAUCCUCCCCACCUCUCCCGCGCUCCCCGCCUCCUCCCCCUCCUCCUCCGCCACAAAUCCCUCUUCCUCCCCCGCGGUCGUCGAAUCCGUUCGCGGCGGUGAGCAAGUUCGCGUUAGCGGGGGUGUUCUUACUGGGGAUAGGCGCGGGCGUGUCGGUGGACACGGUGCUGAACGUGGAGCCCAGCAACGUGGCGUCGCGGGAGGUCAUCGACCGCCAGACGCCCAACCCGGACAUCUGCCUCGCCAACGGCAUGAGCGCCAUGGUGCUCGACCAGCGCCUCUUCAUCUCCUUCAAUCCCUUCAACGUGUAUGUGUCGCAAGCACAGGUGAAGCUGGGGUGUGUGUUGCGUGUGCCUCUUCAUGAACCCCCUUUCUUCCGCUGUCCCCUGCUCUUACCCCCUCCCCCUUCCCCCUGCAGCUUCAACUUGCAUGUGUCGCAAGCUCAGGUGAAGCCAGGAUCUUCAACGUGCAUGUGUCGCAAGCACAGCUUCAACGUUCAUGUGUUGCAAGCAGAGGUAAAGCCGGGGUGUGUGCUGCGGCAGAGCAACUGGCACGUGCUCGAGCCCAACGGCCUCGGGUCAUCAGGCCAUGCAAGUGCACGAUCAACACCUUCCCCCUCACUCCCUCCCCCAUUCUCCUCCCGCUCCUCUCGCCCUCCUGCCCCUUCUUUCCCUGCCCACUUCCCUCCCACCCCGCCUGAAUAUCUAUUCAACGUGUAUGUGUCCCAGGCAGAGGUGAAACCAGGGUGUGUGCUGCGGCAGAGCAACUGGCACGUGCUGGAGUCCAAGGGCCUCGUGUCGUCGGAUGAAGUGCGCGACUGCAAGCGCAACAUGAACACGUUCGGCUUCGUGGGCGACCUGAGGGAGUCACCUGAGGUGUCGUGUGUGUACCACAGUGAGACGGCGGAGAAUCUGUUUCUGGAAGACGCGAGCAAGUCUAAGAUCCGGAUUGGGGGGAGUCAGUAG